UUGUUCUGAAGUACAAUGUAAAACCAGCCGCAGGAACCUGCAUGUUUCAGAACGGUUUGGAACAAAAGGGUGUUCCAAAUCAGGCAGAUUACUACAGAUGUAUGAAUUACGAUACUGUUGUUUAGAACGGAAAGACUACCAGAUUACACGUUCUGGAGCCAAGUUUCAUGGAUUCAAAUUCCAACACUGUGGUUGUGACUGGCUUUGGUCCCUUUCGACAACACCUCAUUAACUCUAGCUGGGAAGCAGUGAAGGAGAUGUGCAAGUUAGGCCUUGGUGAAAACAUAGAUCUACACAUCAUGCAACUGCCAGUGUCUUACCAAAAAGCAAAGGAGCUCGUCUGUAAGAUAUGGGGGACUCCUCAACCACUACUCACUGUUCACAUUGGACUUGCUUCAUCCUCCAAAGCAAUCAUCCUUGAACAGUGUGGGAAGAACAAAGGCUACAGAGAGAUGGAUGUUCGUGGGUUUUGCCCAGAAGAUGGCUGUUGUCUGUUAGAUGGCCCAGAAAAGAUUGAGUCCGCGAUUAAUAUGAAAACUCUCUGGAAAAACAUUUCGGUGGAAGGGAUUGAUAUCGUCUUUUCCAGAGAUGCAGGAAGGUACAUCUGUGAUUAUACCUAUUAUAUCUCUCUGUAUUAUGGUAAUACAAGAGCAGCUUUUAUACAUGUGCCGCCAUUAUCCAAAUUGGUAACUGCAGACUUUCUAGGAAAAGCACUACAAAUAAUUAUCUUAGAGAUGUUAAAGCAGUGUGGGGAAAAGAAUGAAUAA